UGCCUGCUGAUGCUGGCCUACAAGGACAAGGCGGAGCGAGCCAAGGGCCUCCGGGAGCGCAGCAGCCUGACGCUGGAGGACAUCUGUGGCCUGGAGCCCGGCCUGCCCUACGAGGGCCUGGCCCACACGCUGGCCAUCAUCUGCCUGUCCCAGGCCGUCAUGCUGGGCUUCGAGAGCCGCGAGGCCAUGUGCGCCUGGGACGCCCGGAUCCGCUAUGCGCUCGGCGAGGUGCACAGGUUCCACGUGACGGUGGCGCCAGGCACCAAGCUGGAGAGCGGCCCCGCCACCCUUCACCUCUGCAAUGACAUCCUUGUGGUGGCCAGGGACGUCCCCCCGGCUGUCAUGGGGCAGUGGAAGCUGUCCGACCUCCGGCGCUAUGGGGCCGUCCCCAACGGAUUCAUCUUUGAAGGAGGGACCAGGUGUGGGUACUGGGCCGGAGUCUUCUUCCUGUCCUCAGCCGAGGGAGAGCAGAUCAGCUUCCUGUUCGACUGCAUCGUCCGGGGCAUCUCCCCAACCAAGGGUCCCUUCGGGCUGCGGCCGGUUCUCCCAGACCCGAGCCCUGGGGGACCUGCCACCGUGGAGGAGCGGGUGGCCCAGGAGGCCCUGGAAGCCCUGAAGCUGGAGAAGCGGCUCAGCCUCCUUGCCCACGCGGUCCGGCCCGGCAGCGGAGGGGAUGACCGCAGCCUGUCCAGCUCGUCCUCGGAGGCCAGCCACUCGGACGUCAGCGCCGGCAGCCGGCUCACCGCGUGGCCGGAGCCGUCCUCGUCCUCGGCCGGCACGUCGCAGGAGGGCCCG